GCCGGUAAGGUCUUGUUUUGGUUGUUCGCCAACUCAACCAGAAGAACAAGUAGUGCUGCUUUUCCGUAGCCUUGUCUUGUUUACAUUAGCCUCGUCUGAACAGGGUUUUUUGAGGAUGACGGACCAAAAAGUAAAAAAUAUCAGCUCUAUCCCCAUCGAUGAGUUCAGCAAGUUAAGAAUAACAUCGAUAUGGACGUUUCUCAUGUCUGUGCAGUGGUCGGAGCCCUGGCUGAUCGGGCUGAUGGUGUUUCAUAUUGUGUGUUUGUUUCUGACCGUGGUGACGUGCCGAUACUACAGAGCUCAGAUAUGUCACUUCCUGCUCAUGGUUGGCUUGGUGUAUAGUGCUGAAUAUCUAAAUGAGCUGGCAGCCAUGAACUGGAGGUCCUUUUCUGACUUUCAGUACUUUGAUUCGAAGGGCAUGUUCAUCUCUUUGGUCUACUCUAUUCCUCUUCUGCUGAAUACAGUCAUUAUUGUGAUGGUGUGGGUGUACAGGACCUUUUCCACUAUGACUGAGCUGAAGACCCUCCAGCUCAAGCGAAAGGCCCGCAGAGAGAAGAGAGAGAAGAACGACUGAUCCCUUUUAUUCUGUCAGGGACUUUAUUGCAAGGAAUUAGGGUUACAUUUCUCUGCCUUGCUAAUCCUGAAUUUUGGGACAGAAAGGCAGAUACUUUCUUGUGUCUGUUAAAAGGAUUCUUCGUUGGUAUCGGUUUCUGGACUGGGUGUCUAUCAGCUGUUGAAAGAUGUCGCUGAAUGUACUGUACACUGAGAUAUGAGGACCAAUAUACAUUGACUGUUUUAUAUGUAAUGUUGUUUUAAAGUGCGUUGAAAUGCACCAAGAAAGAUAAAGGAUUUUUUAACAAA